AUGCCUCGUCUCGUUCGUCGUCAGCCGUUGAUGCAGCGCAUCGCGGCUGCCAUCAACCCCUGGGACUUUCUCUUGUGGCUCUCUGAAGAGAUCGAAACACGAGAGCUUGACUCCCAGACGGUUGGAACACAGGCUGGUCUGGUUGCCAACUUUCUUUUUUUGCUGGCUAGAGCAAACUUGGGUCCAUCCAACAGCGCGGAUGACGACGUUUUCGGCGAUGCAUCAAGCCAUGGCUGGUUUUCGUAUCUGGUACAAAUGCUCGUGUGGACCGGAUUUACUCUUUCUGUCGCAAAUGCCGUUUUCGUCUUCUCCCGCAAGCGCCAUUACCGUCUCUUCGAAGCUAGCAUAGACAAGGCUCCAGGCACACCUUCGGCACACCGGGUGCGUGUGCAGUCCUCGCCGUCCUCCUCGUCACCCUUCCGACUCCUAUCCGACCUUCUGAGCUUCGAAAGUGCCGAAUCGCGUUCCCACCCGGACAGCAGCCGCGAUGUAUGGGAGCUGGCUAUAUGGGAUCCACGCCCUGCAUCACUUGCUUUUCUGUCGUUUUUCAGCCCUCUCCAUGUUCUCGUGUAUCUGUUUGAGCUGCCGCUCGAUCCGCUCGAGUCACGGCCGAGCGUCACCGUGUUCAAAUGUCUCGUCCUGCAGGUGGGCCUCUCGGCCAUCAUGACGCUGAUGCAGUCAAGGAACGAUCAGCGGCAAAAGGACGCCGCGAUUAUACAGAAGGAGGUUUUCCACGAGUACGACGAAAAAUUUGUGCGGCCACAGCUUCAUCCUAUCGUCAGGGACGUGGGCACCCAGGUGACUAUGAACGACAUCCUCAGCGCUGGUGCCGGCAGCAAGACCGAGCAAAUUCCGGUCGAAAUCGGCACGCCGACAACUCUUAUCCGCCGGAGCUUCCAAACCCACCCGAACCAGAAUUAUGUCAGACAUGUCGACCCAGAUUAUGGAAUUUCUGCUGGCCGUCAGUCGAGCAUUGCAGCGGCUCCACGUUUGUUUACGCCAGUCAACAAAGCAAUCAGACAUUCAGACGCAUUUACUCCUUCGUAUGGCAGCAUCUCUCAACCCCGUCAAAGCAUGCCCUCUGUCGUGACGCCCAGCUACUCUGCUACAACAUCAAUGGCGCCGACUCCUGCCUCCGCGGUGAGCACGAUCAAGAACUCGAGUGCGGCCGCAAACAGCUCUCGCCUACCAACAGCCUCAACUGGCACAAGCACCAAUUUUGGCGGAAGUCUUGGCGUGUAUAGCCAUGUCAACUCGCCACUGAAGAAAGCUACCAGCUUGAACGACGUAACUACUCCAACCAGCUGCUUUUCACCACGAAACUCUCGAGAGCUUGCUGCCAUCGAACAGCGUGACGCAGCAGAGAGGGCGCAGCGGCGGUCUAGCCCACUCAAAGAGGAUAGGGCACGGCCAGCAAAUGACGAGAAGACGCCUUUCCGGUCCAUAGGCCAAUCUACUGCAUCGGUCAAUCCUUUUGCGAGGGCACGGCCGACUUCUUAUAAGUAUGAGAGAUUUCCGUCACGGUGCUAA